AUUCCAUUUGCUUUCCUAUUGAUGACAACAAUUAAUUUUGAUUUAUUUAAAUCUUACUUUAAUUAGUCAAGUCAAUGGAGGCUAAAAGAGGUUGUUGAUUAAUAGUGGCGGUGAAGAUUAGUGUUUGGAGGAAAGGAAAAUCUGGUUAUGGAAGAAGAAAAUAUUCAUCAUGCAAACCACGGUUAUCCGUUGCAUGGAGGUAGGAUAUGCAGUGUGUUUCUUUCAAAGAUUGUUAAGGGGCCGAUGAAGACCGGAGAUCUGGUGAGGCCUUCCAUCAUCUUCUUCUUCCUCUUGAUUGGUGCCUUUAUAUCCCUCCAUUGGAUUGAUGUUGUCCCUCUUGCUAUUUCAGAUAUUUCACUCCAAAAGACAAUUCCAUCCUUUAAUAGUUCGGUUGUAAUCAAUUGCUCCAUCACAUGCCCAAUACAUUCUUCAAAGACAAUCAAAUUGGAUGAAUCCCCAUCGUCUGAGUUGUGUCCAGAGUACUUUCGGUGGAUUUAUCAAGACUUAAAUCCAUGGAAGGAAAAAGGAAUCACCAAAGAAAUGGUAGAAAGUGCUGGAAGCGAAGCAUACAUGAGAAUAGUAGUAGUGAACGGAAAAGUAUAUUGGAAGAAGCUGAAGCGGGCAUUCCAAACAAGAGAUGUGUUCAAUAUUUGGGGCAUAUUACAGCUAUUGAGGUUGUACCCUGGAAAGUUACCAGAUUUGGAUAUUAUGUUUGAGUGUGGUGACAGACCAGUGAUUCAAAAGAGAGACUAUGGUGGAUCAAAUGCCAAUAAUGUGACUCCAAUGUUUCACUACUGUGCGAGUGAUUCAACCUUGGAUAUAGUUUUUCCUGAUUGGUCCUUUUGGGGCUGGCCAGAGCUCCAUAUAAAGCCAUGGGAAGCCCUUAGUAAGGACCUAGAAGAAGGGAACCAGAGAGUGAAGUGGAUUGAUAGAAUACCCUAUGCUCAUUGGAAAGGGGGCCCAGGAUCUAGUUUAGCCAGAAAAGCGCUUCUCAAAUGCAAUCUCACUGACCAACAGGAUUGGGGUGCGCUCAUUUAUGCCCUGAAUUGGGGACUUGUACGUCAAGAGAUGUAUAAAAGUACGGAUUUAGCAAACCAAUGCACUCAUAGAUACAAGAUCUAUGUUGAGGGAAGAGCAUGGUCUGUCAGUGAAAAAUAUAUUCUGGCAUGUGAUUCUAUGAGUUUGCUAGUAACACCUCAUUACUAUGAUUUCUUCUCAAGAAGUUUAUUACCCUCAAUUCACUACUGGCCAAUCAAAGAGAAUGACAUCUGCAGAUCUAUCAAAUCUGCAGUUAACUGGGGAAACAAACACCCAGAAAAGGUUCAAGAGAUUGGAAAGGCUGGGAGCAAGUUCAUUCAAGAGGAGCUAAAAAUGAAGAGUGUCUAUGACUACAUGUUUCAUUUGCUAUAUCAAUAUGGAAAGCUUCUGAAAUACAAACCGACUGUACCAGAAGGAUCAGUUGAAGUGUGCUUAGAGACAAUGGCAUGCUCUGGAACAGAGUUGGAGAAGACAUUUAAGAUGAAUUCCAUGGUAAGUGGUCCAUCGGAUACAAGCCCAUGCACCAUGCCUCCACCUUAUGAUCCUACAACUCUUCAAUCUUUUCUUGAGAGGAAAGCAAAUCUAACAAAGCAAGUGGAGAGGUGGGAAGCAAGUGAAAACACAUAAUUGGAAGAGACAAAUUUAGAAAAUUUGAAGAACAUUUAAUUCUGCAAUCAUUUUCGAAGUUAUUUUUAAUAAUGCCAAAUUUAGUUUCCUAAGAGAAAGUAUGUUAAGUAUCCUAGUCCUUGCACAAUUUUUUUUUGAAUUAUUUAUUUAUUUAUUAUUUUUUAGAGUUCUUAUUUUAAUGCAUGGAUGGAUCUAUUCUUUGAGCUAA